CCUGCCUGCGCGAAUCCCCUCCUCAUUUUCCUCCCGUCGCGUCGCGCUCUCGCGGUCCCGCCUCGUAUCUUCUCUUCUGCGCUUCAAUUCCUAGUCCCCGCGCCGAAGAGCCCCCUCGCGGAGCCGGGAGCGCGGAGAGAAAUGCGACCGCGAUGCGCCCCUUCCUCCCCUCCCUGCUCCUCCCAAUCCCACCCCUAACCCUACCGCCUCCCCCGCCGCAUUCCCGCCGCCGCCGCCGCUUCCUGCCCGCCCCGCUCGCCGCGUCCUACAGGCGGCCGUACCGCCGCCGCCGCGACGCCCCGAGACAGCAGACGCCGCGGGCUCCGCCGCCGCCGUCCCGCCACCACCACCACCACCAGCAGGGCGCCGCGAAUGCCGCCGCGCCGGGCGCCCGGCGCCAGGAGGAGCUGGAGGAGGCGAUCUACGACUUCAUGCGCCGCUCCGCCAAGCCCGGGGCGUUCCCCACCCGCGAGGAGCUCGUCGCGGCCGGCCGCGCCGACCUCGCGGCCGCCGUCGCGUCCAGCGGGGGCUGGCUCUCCCUCGGCUGGUCCUCCGCGGGCGGCGCGGCGCGCUCGUCGGGCGGGGGCCACCCUGACUACCAGCCCGAGACGGGCGCGUAUCACCGCGAUGACCUAGCGCCGGCCUCGGCGGAUGACUCCGAGUGGGAGGAGGAGGUGUCACCGUCUGGGCGACAGCCAGAGAUGGAGGAGACUAAGGAGGUCACGUUCAAAACAGGCAUCGAGGGGAUGCUCACCAGGUUGCAGAGGGACAGGGAGCGGGCGCGGCCACCCCCACGGAGCAGUGCCCGAGAUGAAGGCCCAAGUGACAACGGUGCUUUGGCUGGCAACAGCGGCACUCGUAGUAGUAGUGUGGCUGGUGACAGGCAUAAACCCAGUACACCUGAGAAUGGAAGUGUUCAUGGAUCUCAUUCUCAAAAUGGAAUGCUAGAUGGAAACAAUACCUUACAAAGCUCGAGCAAUGAUGCAUGGAAAACAUGGACCCUUGGCAAGGAUGCUUUAUCUGAUUUUGAAGCUGCUGAGGUCCUACCAACUGAAAGUGGAAGAUUAUCUCAAUAUGAUGAACUAGACACUGCAUUAGCGCAAAAUGACUUUCACAGGUCAUCUAAUGGUGUGACUGUAAGUGAUUUUCCUAGUGAUGGUGUAGACUCUGAAAGAGAUGAGAUACAUUCUCGUCUUCAGUGUCUGGAAUUGGACCUAUCUGCUGCUCUCAAGACAUUAAGAUCAAGAUUUGACAAAGUUUUAUCAAAUAUGUCAAAUGAUAAUGGAGCAACUGUCGUGGGUGAUAUCUCUGACGAUUGGGAAUUUGAGGAAACAAAAGUAAUGCAAGCUCAGGAGGAGCUACGAUCAAUUCGGGCUAAAAUAGCUGUACUAGAAGGAAAGAUGGCACUGGAGAUAAUUGAAAGGAAUAAAAUAAUCGAAGAUAAACAAAGGAGGCUUGAUGAAGUUCAGAAGGCCUUGAGUGAGCUCCGUACUGUUUGUAUCAUGUGGGCCAAUCCUGCUUCAGAGGUUUUAUUGGUUGGGUCUUUUGAUGGCUGGACAAGUCAAUGUUGCUGCAGAGAAAGCUUGAAAGAACAUCAGAAAGAGGCAUGUUCACCUUAAACCUGAGGCUGUACCCAGGUAGAUAUGAGAUUAAGUUCAUUGUUGACGGUGUCUGGAAGAAUGAUCCUCUGCGGCCCACUGUGUACAACAAUGGGCAUGAAAACAACCUUCUGGUUGUCACUUGACUUGAGGCUGCAUCCUAAUAGCAUUUUUGUAGAUUGUUGCCUAGAUCAUUCUCGACAUGAUUUGAUGCCAACUGAUUAGAUCCUUCCCUCCUUGUAACUAGUCAGCUUUGCCUUUGGUGAUUUCAUUUACUUUUAGAUAGUUGUGUACACCAUAAACAGUGUAGGGUGUUGUCGGAAUGUGUCACCCCAUUGAGAUAGGAGAAGAAAGUAGCUGUCCAUUCUUUUCUCCCCAUCGUUCUUCUUCUUCCCCGGUGAUGGUUCACCUUAAUUUUGUGUAACAAAAUUGUAUAUGUACAUAUGCUGUGAAAAGCGGUCUGUUCCAGGUCUAUUCUUGGAAGUGUUCAA